AUGGCUGAAAACAUGGUAAAUUUGACCAAAAACAUUAUUCCUGAAAGCACUGGUGUUAUUCUGCUAAUCGACCACGAUGCUAUAUCAGUCGCAUCUCUCAUUCCAAUGCUUAAACAACGAUCGCAUAAAGAUGUUAUGAGUGUGAAUGGAGCAAGCGAGGCUAUAUCGGUUAUCGAAAAACAAAAAGAUAUUGGACUUGUUAUAGCCAACGUUGAACUGUCCGACACAAAUGAUUUUCUCACUGCUAUGCACCACAAAGAAAUUCCUCUUAUACAAAUACACAUUAAGGAAACAUCAGAUCUUUUGACAAAAAGAGCAUGUUCUUGUCUGAAGAAGCCAAUUUCUGAAAAUGACGUCGACAACAUGUUUCAACUUGUGUUACCUAAUAAAAGGCAAGAGUGGGAGAAAAUCAACGUAGCUGAAAAACGAGAAAACAUUGUGGAAGAACGUAUGAAGCAGAUGAAAGCUUUCAGAGAUCACAUAAAGAGGCAGGGGACAAGUCAGUCAUCGUUGUUAGGAAGACGACCACUCAACAAAACAUUCACAUCUUCUCAAAUGUACCAAAAGGGAAAAAGCAUAGCAGAUGUUGAGGGAUGCAAGAAUGUAUGGACUCGUGACCGCCACAUGAAGUUUUUAGCUGCUAUAUCCAUCUUGGGUGAAAAAGAGUCUCGUCCCAAAGCCAUAUUGGAGAUCAUGAAGGACUCAAACUUGUCUCAACGCCAAGUUGGUAGCUAUCUUCAGAAAUACAAGUUUCAAGUUGAGAUAAUUAACAAAACAUUGACAAGGAAUGAAUGGAAAUCCACGGAUAAAACAUAUGAAUAUCCAUCAGAUUAUGUAUAUCCUUUCAAAGCUUCUAACCUAGCGAAAACUCUCAUUGAAAGUAACUCUAUGUGGUGUUCCUUGAGAAAGAGAAAAUCUUCCUCAUUAUCCACUGUCCAAUAUUCAUUUAAAAGAUCUGCUGCUGAGAAGAAGGACAGAAUGCCAAAGUUUCAUAUAGGAGAAAAAUCGGGUCUGCAUAGGCACUCACUUUCUGGUUCAAGAGUUGGUGCAUCUAAUUUAGAUGCAUUCCAAAAGGAAUCUGCUAAGAUUUGUAUUUCUCAGUCUAAUCCUAACCCUUCUCAACCAUCUAGCUAUGUUCUUGAAACCAAUAAGAACCCACUAGAUAUGAACCAAAUGGGUAGGGUUUCUUUUGGAGAAAAUCAUGGUCUUUCUCAAGAUAUGAUUUUCAAUGGAACUAAAUCAAACCAUUUGGGUUUGGUUUCUGGUGAAACAAGUCAUAUUGAAACCCCACUUGAAACCGAUACAAACCAAAUGGAUUGGGACUGGUUUUCUUCUGACGAGGCUUAUGCUAUUCUUGAAGAUUUGACUGUUCCUGAAACCAAUAUAAACCAAGUGGGUUUAGUUCCUGGUGAAACAAGUUUUGCUGCGUUGGACAAUGUAACUCCUCCUGAAAAUAAUACGAACGAGAUAGGGUUGGUUCCUAACCAGGAAGGUAAUGAUGAUAUUCCAAUUGAAGAUCUGAUUUCGUUUGGUACUGAUAUCAUCAACGAGAUGGACGACUUGGACGCUUGGUUGGAAAACUAUAAUUCUUUUCAGGGAGAUGUUCCUUUGCCUGCGAGUUGCAACGACCAUGAUCUUGCCUUCACCCCGACUACAAGCCAGCAUCAAAAUAUAGAAGCCGCAAAUCCAAGGGAGGCUACAGAAGAAGGCAAUCAUUUGGAUGAUGAUUCUGAUGAGAACCUGGAUUGGAUCGACGAUAUUUUUGCAUGA